UUGAAGCAGUCAUGCCUGGAACGAAGAGUGCCGGGGGUCCCCAGGGAGCUGUUGACCUCAAACUGGACCUCAGGUCACCUCUCAAAAGUGCCAAGAACAAGAACUCCGGUUUCUUGGAUGGGAGCCCAUCGGAGUUGCCGGUCUUGGAGAAGACCAACGGCAUAACAGCAUUCCAGGCCUUGAUUCACCUGGUGAAAUGCAACAUGGGCACUGGGAUCCUGGGACUACCCCUGGCUGUGAAGAACGCAGGCCUCCUGCUAGGCCCGCUGAGUUUGCUGGCAAUGGGCCUCAUCACCUGGCACUGUAUGCACAUCCUGGUCAGGUGUGCCCAGCGCUUCUGCCACAGGCUUAACAAACCCUUUAUGGAUUAUGGGGAUACAGUGAUGCAUGGACUAGAGGCCAGCCCCAAUACCUGGCUCCGGGACCACGCUCACUGGGGAAGGCAUAUGGUGAGCUUCUUCCUUAUAUUCACCCAGAUGGGCUUCUGCUGUGUGUACAUUGUGUUUCUGGCUGAUAAUUUAAAGCAGGUGGUGGAAGCUGUUAAUGGCACCUCCAGCAAUUGCCAUUACAAUGAGACGGUGAUUCUCACACCCACGGUAGACUCUCGACUCUACAUGCUCGCCUUCCUGCCCAUCCUGAUGCUGCUGGUCCUCUUUGGGAACCUCAGGGUCCUGUCCAUCUUCUCUAUGUUGGCCAACAUCAGCAUGCUGGUCAGCUUGAUCAUCAUCGCCCAGUACAUUGCCAAGGGUAUUCCAGACCCCAGCCAAUUGCCACUGGUAACAAGUUGGAAGACCUACUCUCUCUUCUUCGGAACAGCCAUUUUUUCAUUUGAAAGCAUUGGCUUGGUUCUGCCCCUGGAAAACAAGAUGAAGGAUACCCGCCGCUUCCCAGCUAUCCUGUCUUUGGGAAUGGCCAUCAUCACUGCCCUGUACAUUGGCUUCGGGGUUCUGGGCUACCUGCAGUUUCAAAAUGACAUCAAGGCCAGCAUAACCCUUAACCUGCCCAACUGCUGGCUGUACCAGUCGGUCAAGCUCCUCUACAUCGCCGGCAUCCUGUUCUCCUACGCCCUGCAGUUCUACGUCCCUGCAGAAAUCAUCAUCCCCUCCGCCAUCUCCCGGGUGUCCAAGCGCUGGGCACUGCUUCUGAAUUUGUCCAUCCGCUUCACCAUGGUCUGCCUGACAUGCAUCUUGGCCAUCCUCAUCCCCCGCCUGGACCUGGUCCUCUCCCUAGUGGGCUCCGUGAGCAGCAGUGCCCUGGCCCUCAUCUUCCCACCCCUCCUGGAGAUCACCACCUACUACUCAGAGGGCCUGAGCCCCCUCACCAUCGCCAAGGACGCCCUGAUCAGCAUCCUGGGCUUCGUGGGCUUUGUGGUGGGGACCUACCAGGCCCUGGAUGAGCUGAUCCAGCCAGGACACGCUGUCACCUUUUCCAACUCCACCAUUUUUAUUCAGUGA